CUUUGUUGUAGAGAUGGUGCAAAAAUGACGGCUCUUUUACUAAAUAAAUUCUCAGACUCGGAAUGUCGUAAAUUGUGCCAUGCUGUGGUGGAUGGGGUAUGUGGAAGAAAGCAACCUCAACGGGAGGAUUACAGCGCCAUCUGCAGUUUGGAGGAGUGGUUGGACCUGAACAAGUUCCUCGCAAAACUGUUUUGUUUAGCAGCUGGGGGGCACAGCUCUGAUGAGGAAGUUCUGGCUGCCCUGUCAGAUGCCAAACAUAAGGAUAUAUUGUUGAGUGUUUUAAAAGCCAGACGCCAAGAGCUCAGCCGUGCAUUACUGGACAAGACCACCUCCAUCUCCUCCGCUGUCCUGUCUGACUUUGACUGGCAACUCAAGCUUGCUCUAUCCAGUGACAAGAUCUCAUCUCUACAAACUCCUUUGCUCAGCCUGAGUCUGGAUGUGAGGGAAAACGGAGCCCUGCGUCCAGUUACCAUGGAGAUGACCCGAGACGAACUUAACACGCUCAUCUCUUCAUUAGAGGCAGCUAAUAAGGUUGUCCUACAGUUAAAAUGAGAACGUCAUGACUGAAGAGGCUGAAGUCUGGACGUUUUGAGUACAUGUGUUCAAUAUUAACAUGUAUUUCACAUUUAGUUGGCAAAUGAUACCACACUG